UCUUAUUGAGGCAAAGUAUCUUGCAAGCUCAUAUUGCUUUAUUGUGCUACAUUGUUCGUUAUUUCUUCGCUAUUUAUUGGUGCUCUUUGCAGCCUUCUUCUUGGUAUUGUCAGUCAGUAAGCUUUAGCCAUUCAAGUGAGUUGAUACUUAAUAUUGGUGGGAAACUUGACAGAUGGGGGAGGAUAACUCAGCAAGCACUUCCAAGGGAACUCAAAAACCACUCAAUCAACUGAUAAUUGACAUUCCAGAAAAUUUAGAGACUACCUUUUCCAAUUCUGUAUGUAUCUACAGGGUGCCUCCUACACUUCGCAAAAUCCAUGAAGAAGCCUACACUCCUCAGGUAAUUUCUAUAGGCCCUAUUCACCACCACAAAACAGAACUCAAGGCUAUGGAAAUCCAGAAGCUGAGAUAUUUAAAAGAAUUUUGCAAAAGGCAGGAGAGCAAAACAGAAAGCGAAUUUUUGAGUGAUCUUAUUAAUAUAAUUAGUGAAGAAGACAUCCGAGGUUAUUAUGAUGAUAUCUCUCAAACCUGCAACACUGAAUUGGUUAAUAUGAUUUUGUUAGAUAGUGUUUUCAUCCUUGAGCUCUUCUUGAGAAAUCACGAAGAAAAAGAACAUACCAAAGACCAUGCCAAAGAUUUUAUAAUAGGCAAACCCUGGCUGCGAACUGAUGUACAGCAAGACUUGGUUUUACUUGAAAAUCAGCUACCCUUCGCCUUUCUUGAGAAAAUAUACGACUUUGCCAAAAAAAAUAUUUAUGAAAUCGAGUACCCACCUUUUCUUGACCUCACCUGCACAUACUUCUCCAACUACAAGCCCAGGAAAAUAGAAAAGAUUCCAAACCCUGUGAACCGAAAACCAUUACAUUUCACUGAUUUGGUUAGAUAUUUUUGGUCUUUUGAGCACCCUCCAAUAAUGCACGCUAAAAGCAUUGAAAGUCUUUGUAGCAUAACCAAGCUGCACCGGGCAGGAUUGAAGCUGAAGCCGGCUCGAAAUGAAUGCUUCCUCAACAUUAAAUUUGUAAGGGGAAUACCAUGUCUUUGGAGAGCUGAGUUACAACUUCCUUGCUUUGAUAUUGACGAUACCACAGAAUAUGUGGUUCGAAAUCUUAUGGCCCUUGAACAAUGUCAUUAUCCAUACGAAACUUACAUCUGCAGUUACAUUAGGCUGUGGGAUUUUCUUAUUGACACAGCUGAAGAUGUGGAUUUGCUUGUUGGGAAGAAAAUAAUUGUUAAUGGGCUGGGCGACAGUGCUGCUGUGGCCGACCUUGUUAACAAACUGUGCAAUCAAAUUGCGGAAGUCCAGUCCUGUUACUAUUUCAUGUCUGAACAGCUGAAUGGCUACUAUGAAAAUUUUUGCAACCAUACCAUGGCUGCAUUAAGAAGCGUUUAUUUUGGUGAUCUUUGGAUAGGUACUGGGACUGUUGCUGCAGUUGUGCUCCUGGUUCUCACUUUGAUACAAACUAUUUGCUCUGUCCUAGCACUAUGAUUUGCAGAAUCAUACCUUGUCUUAAUUCCUCUGUUUUCUUUUCUUUGGUCAGUUCGCUUGCUUUUCACAGCUUCUUUGUUUGUAAUUCACGUUUCCUUUGAGCUUGGACGUGUCAUUUUCUUAGUUUUAAUUUUUAUUUCUUGGUUCAAUUUUAACUCGGGCUCGAGUGAAAUUAUCAUGGUUUUAAUUAUAUAAUUAUUUUGUUUAA